AUGGUUUUUAUCCCCCCACCGCUGAUCACCCACAAUCGCGACUUCCGCGCCACGGAAGACUACAUUAACGAUCUGAAAGAUCGAGUCGAUCAUCCAGCAUCGUGGAAAGAUUCUCAGCUGCUGUCAACGGACGAACUGAUCACAGCAAAUAUGGAAUACAUUCCAGUGUCCAAAUUCUUUACUCUCAAUCAGCUACCCAAAGUUGCGGACCAGCGGAAGAGAUUAAAGGUCAAUGAGGAGUGCUCGUCUGAUCUGCCUCCUUUGAAAAUGAGCCUCGUCAAGUCGGUAUACUUACUGCAGAGGGCCAUUGAGCCUAAUGAAUUCGUUCGCAUACAGCCUGCAUAUCUCACCCGGUAUACUGGCACUAGCCACGACCGUGCUCACUACCGUCAUGCCGUCAACAAAUACGUGUCAAAUCUAGAGCGAGGAAUUCUGGAACGAAUGCGGAGUGUAACUUCUAGCAUGAUUGCAGAAGCUAUACGCACAGAUAAAUUCAAAGAGACUUGUCGGUCCGAUACCGCAAGGGAAGACUUGGAAUUGUUCUUUGCACGAACUGCUAGCAACAACCAACUUUAUUACGUGUAUAGCAAGCUUUGGACGGUCAUCAACUUUAGAUUCGUGAUGGAUAACAAUGUUCGUCCUAAUGCGCAGGAGGAGCAAGUCUGA